AUGGUCCCUCUCCACUCUCCGAAGACGUGCAGCCCGAAGCAGUUUGUGUGUAAAGACGGAGUGACGUGUAUCUCCAAAGGCUGGAGGUGUGACCGCGAGAAGGACUGUCCGGACGGGUCAGACGAGGAGCCCGAUGUCUGUCCCCAAAACGGCGUGUCCCGGUGUCCCCCAAACCAGUUCCAGUGCAGGGGGACGGAGCUGUGCCUCCACAUGAGCCAACUCUGUGACGGGACCCCAGACUGUACGGACGGCUGGGACGAGGGCCCCCACUGCAGAGAGUUGAUCUCGAACUGCAGCCUGUGGGGUUGUCAGGAGCACUGCGCGGUCUCUCCGGACGGACCAGCCUGUUUCUGUAAAAGCGGCUACGAGAUCAACCAGGAUGGAAAGACUUGCAAAGAUUUCGAUGAGUGCACGGUGUAUGGGACGUGUAGUCAGACCUGUACUAACACUGAAGGGGGCUUCAGCUGCUCCUGUGUGGAGGGGUAUCUGUCCCAGCCAGACAACCGGUCCUGCAAGGCUAAGAACGUCCCCGUGGAGCGUCUGCCCGUCCUCCUCAUCGCUAACUCCCAGAACAUCCAGGCCACGUCUCUGAGUGGCUCCACGGUCCACAGCCUGGUUUCCACCAGCACCAAGCAGACCGCCGCCAUGGACUUCCUGUACGUCCAGGAGACCGUCUGCUGGAUCCACGUGGGCGAGACGGCGUCCGGAACCCACCUGAAGUGCGCCAAGAUCCCCAACCUGAAGAGCUUCACGGAGGAGCGGGUCAUCAACGUCUCAUUCAGCCUGCACCACGUGGAGCAGAUGGCGAUAGACUGGCUCACGGGGAACUUCUACUUCGUGGACGACGUGGACGACCGAAUCUUUGUGUGUGACCGUGAUGGCCUGACGUGUGUGACGCUGCUGGACCAGGAGCUCUACAACCCCAAAGGCAUUGCCCUGGACCCAAACAUGGGGAAGCUGUUCUUCACAGACUACGGUCAGAUUCCCAAAGUGGAGCGCUGUGACAUGGACGGGCAGAACCGCACUAAGCUGGUGGACAGUAAGAUCGUGUUCCCUCACGGCAUCACGCUGGACCUGGUGAGCCGCCUGGUCUACUGGGCCGACGCCUACCUGGACUACAUCGAGGUGGUGGACUACGAGGGCAGGAACCGGCACACCAUCAUCCAGGGACUGAUGAUCGAGCACUUGUACGGCCUCACAGUGUUCGAGAACUACCUCUACGCCACCAACUCGGACAACGCCAACAUACAGCCGAAGACCAGCGUGAUCCGCGUGAACCGCUUCAACAGCUCUGACUACCAGGUGGUGACCCGUGUGGACAAGGGAGGAGCUCUGCACGUGUACCAUCAGAGGAGACAGCCCCCCGUCCGCAGUCACGCCUGUGAGGUGGACCAGUACGGUAAACCUGGAGGCUGCUCCGACAUCUGUCUCCUCGGCAACGGACACAAGAGCAAAAGCUGCCGCUGUCGCUCCGGGUUCAGCCUCGGCAGCGACGGAAAGUCCUGCAAAAAGCCAGAGCACGAGUUGUUCCUGGUGUACGGUAAGGGCCGGCCGGGGGUCAUCAGAGGAAUGGACAUGAACGCCAAAGUCCCAGACGAGUACAUGAUCCCCAUCGAGAACCUGAUGAACCCGCGUGCCCUGGACUUUCACGCCGAGAGCGACUUCAUCUACUUUGCCGACGCCACCAGCUACAUCAUCGGGCGGCAGAAGAUUGACGGCACGGAGCGAGAUACCAUCCUGAAGGAGGGGAUUCACACUGUGGAGGGCAUCGCCGUGGACUGGAUGGCUGAUAAUUUGUACUGGACGGACGACGGCCCCAAGAAGACCAUCAGCGUGGCUCGUCUGGAGAAGGCCUCACAGACCAAGAAGACCCUAAUCGAGGGGAAGAUGACGCACCCCAGGGCCAUCGUGGUGGACCCCCUGCAUGGGUGGAUGUACUGGACAGACUGGGAAGAGGACCCCAAAGCCAGUAAACGUGGUAAAAUCGAGCGCGCCUGGAUGGACGGUACCAACCGUAACGUGUUCCUCACCAGUAAAACCGUCCUGUGGCCGAACGGCCUCAGUCUGGACAUCCCCAAAGGAAUCCUGUACUGGGUGGAUGCCUACUACGACCGCAUUGAGAUGGUGUACCUCAACACGUCCGAGAAGAAGACCGUGUACGAGGGCCAGGAGCUGAACCACGCCUUCGGCCUCUGUCACUACAAGCACUUCCUGUUCUGGAACGAGUACCGCAGCGGGAGCAUCUUCAGACUGGACACCAGCACCGGCACCGCCACCCUGCUGCGCACCGAGAGACCACCCAUCUUUGAGAUACGCAUGUACGACGCACAACAGCAGCAAGGAUCGAACGCCUGUCGGGUAAACAACGGCGGCUGCAGCAGUCUGUGUCUGUCCACGCCUGAGGGCAGGAGCUGUGCCUGUGCCCAAGACCAGGUCCUGGAGCCGGCCGAUAACACCAGCUGCAGAGCCAACCCGUCGUACGUGCCCCCGCCACAGUGCCAGCCUGGAGAGUUCGCCUGCAAGAACAGCCGCUGCAUCCAGGAGCGCUGGAAGUGUGACGGAGACAACGACUGUUUGGACAACAGCGACGAGGCCCCAGAGCUCUGCCACCAGCACACCUGCCCCACAGACCGCUUCAAGUGUGAGAACAACCGCUGCAUCCCCCUGCGCUGGCUCUGCGACGGAGACAACGACUGUGGCAACGACGAAGACGAGUCCAACACCACCUGCUCCGCUCGGACCUGUCCUCCAAACCAAUACUCCUGCGCCAGUGGCCGGUGCAUCCCCAUCUCCUGGACCUGCGACCUGGACGAUGACUGCGGAGACAGAUCUGACGAACCGCCCUCUUGUGCGUACCCCACCUGCUUCCCUCUAACCCAGUUCACCUGCAACAACGGCCGCUGCAUCAACAUUAACUGGAGAUGUGACAACGACAACGACUGCGGGGACAACAGCGACGAGGCGGGCUGCAGUCACUCCUGCUCCAGCGCUCAGUUCAAGUGCAACAGUGGGCGCUGCAUUCCGGAUUACUGGACCUGCGACGGAGACAACGACUGCGGAGACUACAGCGACGAGACGCACGCCAACUGCACCACGCAGACCCGUCCUCCCGGCGGCUGUCACACAGAUGAGUUCCAGUGCCGGAUGGACGGACUGUGCAUACCCUCCAGGUGGCGCUGUGACGGAGACACGGACUGCAUGGACCUGAGCGACGAGAAAAAUUGCGAAGGAGUCACUCACAUGUGUGACCCGGCCGUGAAGUUCGGCUGCAGAGACUCGGCCCGGUGCAUCAGUAAGGCGUGGGUGUGCGACGGAGACAGUGACUGUGAAGAUAACUCUGACGAAGAGAACUGCGAGGCACUGGUCUGUAAACUCUCUCAUCACGUUUGUGCCAACGACUCCACCAUCUGCCUGCCCCAAGACAAGCUGUGUGACGGCAACUACGACUGCCCCGACGGCUCCGACGAGAAGCUCUGCGACCUGUGCUCCCUGGACAACGGCGGCUGUAGUAACAACUGCAGCGUGUCUCCGGGCGAGGGCGUGCUCUGCUCCUGCCCGCUGGGGAUGGAGCUGGGAGCCGACAACAAGACGUGUCAGAUCCAGAGCUUCUGCGCCAAACACCUCAAGUGCAGCCAGCGGUGUGAGCAGGACAAGUUCCACGUCAAGUGCUCCUGCUACGAGGGCUGGGAGCUGGAGGCCGACAAGGAGAACUGCAAGAGCUCAGACCCGUUCAAGCCGUUCAUCAUCUUCUCGAACCGACACGAGAUCCGCAGAAUCGACCUGAACAAAGGCGAGUUCAGCGUCCUGGUGCCGGGGCUCCGGAACACCAUCGCCCUGGACUUCCACCUGAGCCAGAACGCCCUCUACUGGACAGACGUGGUGGAGGACAAGAUCUACCGCGGCAAGCUGUCCGAGAACGGAGCUCUGACCAGUUUCGACGUGGUCAUUCAGUACGGACUGGCCACUCCCGAGGGACUCGCCGUUGACUGGAUCGCGGGGAACAUCUACUGGGUGGAGAGUAACCUGGACCAGAUCGAAGUGGCCAAACUGGACGGAACCAUGAGAACCACUCUGCUGGCGGGGGAAGUGGAGCAUCCAAGAGCCAUCGCGCUGGACCCAAGAGACGGGAUCUUGUUCUGGACAGACUGGGACGCGAGUAUGCCUCGGAUCGAGGCUGCGUCCAUGAGCGGACAGGGACGAAAAACCAUCCACAAAGAAACAGGCAACGGAGGAUGGCCCAACGGACUUACAGUGGACUACCUGGAACGCCGCAUUCUCUGGAUCGACGCCAGAUCUGAUGCCAUUUACUCGGCGAAGUACGACGGCUCCGGUCUGAUCGAGGUGCUGAGGGGCCACGAGUACCUGUCGCACCCGUUUGCAGUGACCAUGUACGGGGGCGAGGUCUACUGGACCGACUGGAGGACCAACACUCUGGCCAAAGCCAACAAGUGGACGGGCAGCAACGUGACUGUGGUGCAGAGGACCAACACCCAGCCCUUCGAUCUGCAGGUGUACCACCCCUCCAGGCAGCCACAGGCUCCAAACCCGUGUGCAGCUAAAGACGGAAAAGACCCGUGCUCCCACCUCUGCCUCAUCAACUACAACCAGAGCUUCUCCUGCUCCUGUCCUCACCUGAUGAAGCUGGGGCCGGACAGACGCACCUGCUACGAAUCGCGUCAGUUCCUUCUGUACGCACGGCAGAUUGAGAUUCGUGGUGUGGACAUUGAUAACCCAUACUACAACUACAUCAUCUCCUUCACGGUUCCGGACAUCGACAAUGUCACAGUGGUGGACUACGACGCCGAGGAGCACCGGAUCUAUUGGUCUGACGUCCGGACCCAGACCAUCAAGAGGGCCUUCAUCAACGGGACCGGGGUGGAGACUGUGGUGUCUGCGGAUCUACCGAACGCUCAUGGUUUGGCCGUGGACUGGGUUUCCAGGAACCUGUUCUGGACAAGUUACGACUCCAACAAAAAGCAAAUCAACGUAGCGCGACUCGACGGCUCCUUCAAGAAUGCCGUGAUCCAAGGCCUGGAUAAACCGCACAGCCUGGUGCUGCAUCCCAUCCUGGGUAAGCUGUAUUGGACAGACGGAGACAACAUCAGCAUGGCCAACACGGACGGCAGCAACCACAGCCUUCUGUUCUCGCACCAGAAAGCCCCCGUGGGUUUGUCCAUCGACUUUGACGCCGAGCAGCUGUACUGGAUCAGCUCCGGGAACAGCACCAUCAACCGCUGCAGACUGGACGGGACCGGGCUGGAAGUGCUGGAGGGAGUGAAGGGAAAACUGGUGAAGGCCACGGCGCUGGCCAUCAUGGGUGAGAAGCUGUGGUGGGCCGAUCAGGGCACGGACCAGAUCGGGACGUGUGACAAAAAAGACGGAGGAAACUGGAAAGUCCUGAGGAACAGCACGUCUCCCAUGAUGCACAUGAAGAUCUACAACGAAACGGUGCAAUCAGGCAGUAAUCUGUGCAGUAUUAACAAUGGAGACUGUUCCCAGCUGUGUCUGCCCACGUCUCCCACCUCCAGGGCCUGUAUGUGCACCGCGGGCUACAGCCUCCGCCGGGGCCAGCAGUCCUGCGAGGGUGUAGGCUCCUUCCUGCUCUACUCGGUCCACGAGGGCAUCCGGGGCAUCCCUCUGGACCCGGCCGACAAGUCCGACGCCCUGGUCCCAGUGUCCGGGACCUCUCUGGCUGUGGGCAUUGACUUCCACGCUGACAACGACACGAUUUACUGGGUGGACAUGGGCCUGAGCACCAUCAGCCGAGCCAAACGGGACCAGACCUGGAGAGAGGACGUGGUCACCAACGGCAUCGGGCGAGUGGAAGGCAUCGCCGUGGACUGGAUCGCAGGAAACAUCUACUGGACGGACCAGGGCUUUGACGUGAUCGAAGUGGCCCGACUGAACGGUUCCUUCCGGUUCGUGGUGGUCUCUCAGGGUCUGGACAAACCUCGGGCCAUCACCGUCCACCCAGAGAAAGGGUAUCUGUUCUGGACGGAGUGGGGGCAGUUCCCUCGGAUCGAGCGCUCGCGGCUGGACGGGUCUCAGCGGGCGGUCCUGGUGAACGGCAGCAUCAGCUGGCCCAACGGGAUCUCCAUCGACUACCAGGACGGGCUGUUGUAUUGGUGUGACGCACGCACAGAUAAGAUUGAGCGCAUAAACCUGGAAACGGGAGAGAACAGAGAAGUGGUUCUGUCCAACAACAACAUGGACAUGUUCUCAGUGUCUGUGUUCGAGGGCUUCAUCUACUGGAGCGACAGGACCCACGCUAACGGCUCGAUUAAACGCGGCAACAAAGACAACGCCACGGACUCGGUGUCUCUGCGGACUGGCAUCGGAGUGCAGCUCAAAGACAUCAAAGUGUUCAACAAGGCCAGGCAACAGGGCUCAAACGUGUGCAAGAAGAACAACGGCGGCUGUCAACAGCUGUGCUUGUUCCGCGGCGACGGAGCCCGCACCUGUGCCUGCGCCCACGGCAUGUUGGCGGAGGACGGGCAGAGCUGCAGGGAGUACGAGGGCUACCUGCUGUACUCGGAGCGCACCAUCCUGAAGAGCGUGCACCUGUCGGACGAGCGCAACCUCAACGCGCCCAUCAAGCCGUUCGAAGACCCGGAGCACAUGAAGAACGUCAUCGCCCUCACCUUCGACCACAGAGGCGGCGGCGGCAAAGGGGCCAACCGCAUCUUCUUCAGCGACAUCCACUUCGGGAACAUCCAGCAGAUCAGCGACGACGGAUCGGACCGCAAGACCGUUGUGGAGAGUGAGUAG